GCGGUGGCGGCGGCAGUCGCGACACCGACGUGAAGCGGUGCAUCGUGCGCGUCGCCGCGCAGCGCGAAUUUUCCGCUCGUAUUUCGCGACGCUUCGGCACGAGUGGGACAGGUGGCACGUAUCGAUUCGCAUUGUGAUAUCGAAGAUCGACGGAAGAUGUGACGGAUCCGACGGCGGCCUUGCUGAAGACGAUGGAUCGUGACGUCAUGAAUCCUUAAGUCCGCGAAAGAUCCACGAGGACAGCAAUGACCAUGGGACACUCGUCGGGAAGAGAACAGCACGGACUGCAGGAUCGCGCGGAUUAACUAUCCGAAGAGAGACCAUGGCGAGGUGGAGAUGGGUUCUGCUGAUCCUGGCCACCGUCUGGACACUAAGCCAUGGAUAUUUGGCGGUGCUGUCGUCCAACACGCCCGCCGGCACCGUUAUCUUCGAGGCCGGGGUGCCGCAGUUGGGUGGCCGUCGCAAGUAUGAGGCGUCCAGCGAGCGCACCGCCUGGUUCGCCAGGAAACUUCUCAAGGUCCAUCCGCACACGGGCCGUGUGACUUUAGCGAAGAGUCUCAACUGCGACGGUCUCCAGUACCCGCGCAUCUUCACCUUCUACGUCGACUCGACGAGCUCGAGGCUCGGUAGACCCACUAUCGACUACUACAGCCUGCCUCUGAGGAUCUUAAUCACCGGAUGUGGCAAUGAGAACCGCGACUUGGCAGCCACUAGAGGCUGGAUGGCGGAGACGUUGGCUUCUUAUGCGAUGCCGAGCACUGACAGGUUCACCGAGGUAUGCCUGCGAACGUCUCAGCUGGUAGCAGCUCUUCGCGACUUCCUGCCUCAAACAGCUCUAAAAGAAUGCGAGACCAGAUGGGGAGGCGUAGCGGAUCCCAGAUUUCUCGUGGAAGGCGCCGCCGGAGACCUGGUUUCCGCCAGCGAACAAUGCCUGGUGGAUCCACUGUGGAAGGUCUCAGUCAGCAUGAACCUGCGUUGCGCCGGAGACUCGCGUCUGACCGACGCCGAGCAUCGCUUGAAGAUCGUGUUCCAUCACCGUCAGCUGGACGACACCGACCUGGGCAGAAGAGUGAGACGAGAACUGAAGAACCAGUCGCCCUAUUUCGAACAACCCCUCUACGUCGCCGCAGUGGAGGAGGAGAAGGAGCCGGGAGUAUACGUGACCUCUGUAAGAGCGAGAGAUCCUGAAAACGGUGCCGUCCGGUACUCCAUGAGUUCGUUGAUAGACGCGAGGUCGCAGGCAUUGUUGGCUCUCGACCCGGUCACCGGAAGAGUGACGACUCGCGCGAGGCUCGACAGAGAGAACGUGGAUGUGCAUUAUUUUCGGGUACUGGCAGUAGACGACUCGUUUCCUCCGCGCACCGGCACGACGACUCUUCAAGUUAACGUGUUAGACGCGAAUGAUCAUGCGCCAAACUUCGAAUGGCCCGAGUACGACGCGUCGGUGCGUGAAGGCGUUCCCGUAGGCUCCACGGUGAUCACGGUCAAGGCCACAGAUCAAGACACCGGUAGGAACGCUGAGGUGGAGUACUCCAUCGUGUCCACUACGAUAGGCAGUAACACCAUGCAUGUCGAAGACGCGGCGGUUUUCAGGAUCGACCCCAGAUCUGGUGUGGUGACAACGAGAACGGCGCUCGACCGCGAACAAACUGAGAUCUACACGGUCGUGCUGAGCGUCACGGAUCAGGCGACGCCGCCAUCCGCGCGACGAAGCGCGAACGCGACCCUGGUAGUGCGCGUGUUGGAUGACAAUGACAACUACCCGCAGUUCACCGAGCGCACGUACUCAGCGGCGGUGCCAGAGGACUUGGAUUACACAACGAAUCCGGUAGUGGCUCGCAUUCGGGCUGCGGACGCGGAUGCCGGCGCCAACGCGGCAGUCCGUUACGCCAUCAUCGGCGGUAAUACGCAGAACACCUUCUCUAUCGACUCGAUGAGCGGCGACGUUGCUCUGGUGAAGCCGCUCGAUUACGAGUCCACCAGGAGCUAUAAAAUCGUCAUACGUGCUCAAGACGGCGGCUCGCCGGCUCGCUCAAACACCACUCAAUUGCUUGUGAUGGUCAGGGACGUGAACGACAACGCACCCAGGUUCUACACUAGUCACUUCCAGGAGUCGGUGUCGGAGAAUGUGCCCUUGAGCUACUCGGUGCUGAGGGUGCAGGCUUACGACGCCGAUGAAGGUAACAACGCGCUCAUCAGAUACACCAUCGGUGCACGUGAUUUCACUGGAGCCUCCACGGAGAAUUUCCCGAUUACGGUGAACACAGAAACCGGCUGGAUCUACACGACGAAGCAGUUGGAUCGUGAACAAUGCUCAAGAUAUCAGUUCACCGUGAUUGCGGCGGACUCCGGCGAGGAGCCAAAGUCCGCGAGCGCCACGGUAAUCCUCACGGUGACUGACGUAAACGACAACGAUCCUUACUUCGAGCCAAAGAGCUACGAGGCCGUCGUAUCCGAAGACGAUCCACCGGGCACACCGGUCACCUCAGUAACAGCCACCGAUCCCGACGAGGAUGCCAGGAUCCACUACGAGAUCACAGGUGGCAAUACGCGCGGACGGUUCUCCAUCGCAUCGCAAAACGGCCGCGGUCUCAUCACGGUCGCUCAGCCGCUCGACUACAAGCAGGAGAAGCGUUUCGUGCUGACAGUGACAGCGUCCGACAGCGGAGGCCGCACCGACACCGCCCUGGUCUACGUUAAUGUGUCGGAUGCCAACAACUUCUCGCCAGUAUUCGAGAACGCACCCUACUCCGUCUCAGUCUUCGAGGACGCGCCGGUCGGCGUCACCGUGUUAGUGGUUAGCGCUACCGACUCCGACGUCGGCAAAAACGCCCAGAUCACCUACAGCUUGGCCACCGAUAGCGGCGAGCAGGCGAUUAGCGAGUUUACCAUCAAUCCGCAGACCGGUGCAAUCACCACAACUCGACCGCUCGAUCGUGAACUGGUACCUUCAUACUUGUUGACGGUGACAGCCAGGGACGGUGGCGUGCCGCCGUUGUCCGACACGACUGACGUGGAAAUCUCCGUCACAGAUGUGAACGACAACGCGCCGGUUUUCGAGGCACCACAAUAUCAAGGUUCGAUCCCUGAGGACGUCUUGGUGGGCACCAGCGUGUUGAGAGUCGCGGCAACCGACGCGGAUACUGACUUAAAUGGCCGAGUGAGAUACGCUCUGGAAGACGACGGUGACGGCGCGUUCGCGAUUGAUUCAACAACAGGCAUCGUCAGAACUGCGAAAUCAUUGGAUCGAGAAUCAGUAGCGCGUUAUUCCCUGAAGGCUGUCGCCAUAGACCGCGGUUCUCCCGCGCUUUCGUCUGUCGUUCCCGUCGUCAUCAAGAUCGAGGACAUCAACGACUCGCCGCCCGCCUUCGAGAACGACAAGAUCGUCCUCUACAUCGCCGAGAACUCGCCGAUCGGCUCGACCGUCGGCGAGAUCUACGCCCAUGACCCCGACGAAGGUCCCAACGCUGUGGUGCAAUACUCCAUCAUCGGCGGCGAGGACUCCAAUAGCUUCGCCUUGAACAUCAGGCAAGGCGCCGACCGGGCGGAGUUGAUUACCCUGGAGGAGCUUGAUUACGAGUCGCCGAAGAAGAGAUUCGAGCUGGUGGUGCGCGCGGCAUCGCCGCCGCUGCGGUCGGACGCUCUGGUACAGAUUCUGGUGACCGAUGUAAAUGACAACGCACCGGUGCUGAAAGAUUUCCAGAUCAUCUUCAACAACUUCAAAGACUUUUUCCCAACCGCGCCGAUCGGCCGGAUACCGGCGAUGGACGCCGACGUGACGGAUAACCUCGUAUACAGCAUCCUCGCCGGCAACAACGCGAAUCUGAUCGACCUCAACAAAACCUCCGGUGAGAUCCGACUGUCUCCACAAUUGAAUACGAACGUGCCACGAGUGGCGACUAUGGAAGUGUCUGUGACCGACGGUAUCAACGAAGCGAAGGCCACGAUGACGUUGUCAGUGCGACUAAUAACCGAUGAGAUGCUGUUGAACUCGAUUACCGUGAGAUUGGACGACAUGACAGUAGAGGCGUUCCUCAGCCCUCUUCUAGGAUACUUCCUAGACGGGCUGGAGGCGAUCAUUCCUUGCCCACGCGAGAAUAUCUUUCUCUUCAGUAUCCAGGAGGACGCGAAUGUGCAUGGCAAGAUCUUGAACGUGAGCUUCUCAGCGCGGAAAGUGGAACCAGGCACGGUCGACGAGUUCUACAGUCCGCAGUUUCUUCAGGAACGAGUCUACUUGAACCGCGGUAUCCUCGCGAGACUGGCUACAGUCACCGUCUUACCUUUCGACGACAAUCUGUGCGUACGAGAGCCCUGCUUGAACUUCGAAGAGUGUCUGACGGUGUUGAAGUUCGGCAACGCAUCCGGCUUUGCCAGUAGCGACACUGUACUCUUCCGACCCAUUUAUCCGGUUACCACAUUCGCCUGUAGAUGCGCCCGCGGUUUCACCGGUAGCCGCGAAGCCUAUCUCUGCGAUACUGAGGUAAACCUAUGUUACUCCAAUCCAUGCGCGAACGGUGGCACCUGUCGCAGGCGAGAAGGCGGAUAUUCGUGCACUUGCCUGCCAGAUUUUACCGGUGAGAACUGUGAGAUCUCGUUGGAUCGUGACGGCUGCUCUCCCGGCAUCUGCAAGGGUGGUUCGCAGUGCACUAUGAAGAACUCCGGUGGAUUCACUUGCGAGGGUUGUCCUGUGGCCGCAUUGGACAGCGUGACACUUCUUUGCGAAUUGAGAGCGCGCAGUUUCGGCCCGGCAACGUUUCUCACCUUCGCCUCUCUGAGACAACGUCAUCGUCUUCACAUCAGGUUGAAGUUCGCCACCGAAUUGGCUGAUGGGCUGUUACUCUACAAUGGCAGAUACAACGAACGCCAUGACUUCAUCGCCUUGGAAAUUGUAGACUCACAGGUGCAAUUCAGCUUCUCCCUCGGAGACGAAGUGACCCGAGCCACGGCGAGCACGCCUGGUGGAGUUUCAGACGGUCGAUGGCAUGAGGUGGAAGUUUCCUACAUCAAUAGAACAGUGACAGUCUCUUUGAAUGACUGCGAUGUGGCGCUCGCUUUGGAACACGGAGAGAAGUUGGGACCAAGAUGGGCCUGCGCAGGCAGGAACGAAAGAAUUCUAGAGGAGCGCUGCGGACUCGUUACCGAGACCUGUCACAGAUUUCUGGAUCUGACGGGACCGUUGCAAUUAGGUGGUCUGCCAUCGAUUCCGUCCAGUUUUCAAAUCAGAAACAAGGACUACGUCGGAUGCAUUAGCGAUCUCUAUAUUGAUCACGUGUUCGUUGAUCUGAAUUCUUUCGUGGCCGACAACGGAACCAACGCUGGCUGCCCCGAGAAGACCGCUUUCUGCGCUUCGUCACCUUGCAGGAACAACGGUAAGUGUCGUGAAGUCUGGUCCGGCUUCGUGUGCGAGUGCGAGGCCGACUUCGCCGGACCCACGUGUUCCGAGGAGGUCGGCAUACCAUGGAGUUUCCACGGCGACGGUAUGCUCAGCUUCAACCCACUACUACGACCCAUUCAACUACCUUGGCUGACCGCAAUCAGUUUACGAACACGAGCGCGACAGGCAUACGUCAUGAGCGUGCAAAUCGGCCAAAACAGCUCAGUUUUAUUGGAGAUUCGGGAGAGCAAACUGGUAGCCUCGCUGGACGGCACCGAUGUCAUUCGUACCGUGACUAUCAUCGCUGACGGCGAAUGGCAUCGAUUGGAGAUUGUCUGGCAAAGCGGUCACGUUUCCGUGGACACGGAUUACCGCGAUCGACCCAUCAUCUUGCCGCUACCAGCCAAAUUGCAAGGUCUUUACAUCGGCAAGAUUCUCGUCGGUGGCCCCGAUCAGGCAAUUAACACCGACCUGCCCUUCUUCGAAGGUUGCGUGCAGGAUAUACGUAUCGGUACCAAUCAGACCAUUCUCCAGAGACCGAUGAUUCAAGAGAACGUCGGUGACGGUUGUCCCUCGGAAUCCGAAUGUAAUUUGGAUUGUCCGGAGGCAUCUAAGUGCGUGACCAAGUGGCAAUCCAGUGAAUGUGUUUGCGCUGCUGGUCGUGUUGGACGCAAUUGUGAACGUGUCUGCGAUCUCGAACCCUGCAACGGCACUGGCACCUGCGUCGAAGACGUUACCGAUGCGAAACGUGGUUACCGCUGCGAUUGCAAUUCGCCGGAGUAUUCUGGCGACUACUGCGAGAUUAAGGCUGAUCAACCUUGUCCAGCUACUUGGUGGGGUUCACCUGUGUGUGGACCUUGUCACUGCGAUGAGUCCAAGGGCUACGAUCCGGCGUGCAACAAGACCACCGGAGAAUGUUACUGCAAAGAGAAUCACUACCAACCGUCUGGACUCAAGGAAUGUAUACCUUGUGAAUGCUAUACGACCGGCAGCUUCGGACCACGCUGCGACAGCGAGACCGGUCAAUGUCGUUGCCGCACUGGGGUAAUUGGCCGAUCCUGCACGGACUGUCCGAAUUCUUACGCCGAGGUGACUCUGAGGGGCUGCGAAGUAGUCUACGACGGCUGUCCCAGAUCAUACUCGGACGGUCUCUGGUGGCCGAGGACUCCCUUUGGGAUGACAGCCAUUGAAGAUUGUCCCGGCACUGCCGAGGGUAAAACUUCGAGAUCGUGCGACGACAAGCUGGGCGGUUGGCAACCACCUGACCUCUUUAACUGCACAUCCGAAGCGUUUGUCGAGCAACGACAUCAACUGGCGGCUUUAGAGAUCAAGGACCUUACGCUGAACACCUACGUAGCCGUGAAGAUGGCAAAGGACGUUCACAGAGCAGUGAAUAUCACCAAAGAGAUGUACGGUGCGGAUCUUCUGGUGGCAGAAUCCUUGUUAGUGGCACUGCUACGUUACGAAGAGAGUCUGGUGGGACUAAAUCUCACUCACAGUCAAGAUAAGGAUUACGUUUCUCAUCUGGUUGGCAUAGCUGGAGCAAUUCUAAGAUCUAAGUAUAAGGAAAAAUGGGAUAAGAUCGGAGAUCUUAACGGAGACAGUCCCGAUAAUGUGCUGGACGCUAUGGCGACAUAUCUGAAGACUCUAACAGCGUCUCAACACGACACGUUCACCAAUCCCUUCGAAGUAGUCGAUGCUAACGUUGUGUUAGGCCUGGACGUGGUUACAUCAGAAAGUCUCUUCGGUUACAUGACCACCGAAUACAAGGAGGAUCCCACGUUGUCAACGGCGAGGCCUUCGGAAGUUGACCGAAAAGUCAUUCUACCUGAUACCUCUGCUUUCCUCAGCUCUCCAACGCACUUUGGUCCAUCCGUCAGUUUCCCAAAGUACAACAAUUAUAUGGCUGACCCCAGUAGAUUCGAUCCGCAUUCGAAGAUCCAAGUGCCUCUCAAUACUUUGGGCAUUAAACCUCUUAUUCAGGGCGAGUUGAAUGUGAAGAACAGUCUUACCAAUCGGAAGGCUGUGUUAAGUUAUGUGCAAUAUAAAGAACUUGGAAAUCUCUUGCCGCAAAGAUUCGACGAUUCAGUGGCGGUUAGAUGGGGCGUGGAAGUGGCAGUCGGUUCACCCGUGAUGACCAUUUCAGUGUUAGUACCUUCGGAAAAUGGUUAUGAGUCCUUGACAGGAAUUCCUCUGCAGGCUCCGGUUCAAGUUCGACUUUGGCUGAACGAGAACGACGAUUUCAAGACUAGGACAAAUCCACAGUGCGUUCACUGGAGUACAGCGAGGGGAGUCGGCGAGUGGAGUCGAAUGGGCUGCACCACGGAAAUCGAAGAAAAUUCCUUAUCCUUCGGCACCAUCGUGAACUGCUCCUGCAUGCAAUUGUCCACCUUCGCCGUACUGACAGAUGUCCUCGACUUGGAGUACGUUCCAGAACCGUCCCUUCUGGAAGACGUAACUAGUUACAGUGCGUUCAUGCUCGCCUUGCCGUUGUUACUAUCCGCUCUAUUGAUCCUGGCGUUAAUUCGCGGCGGAGGAACCAACUCGAACAGCAUCCACAAGAACUUGGUCUUGUGCGUCCUCUUAGCGGAAACUUUGUACCUGAUCGCGCUCAAAGCGAGAAAUCCCCUCAUCUCCAAUGAGUUUCCUUGCAAGCUGACGGCGAUAGGACUGCAUUACUCGUGGCUGAGCACUUUCGCUUGGACUCUCGUCGACUCCGUUCACCUUUAUCGGAUGCUGACGGAAAUGAGAGACGUCAAUCAUGGUCAGAUGAGGUUUUACUACACCAUGGGAUACGGUCUGCCAGCUGUUAUCGUCGGACUCACCAUCGGUGUCAGGGCUGAUCAGUACGGAAAUUUCUACUUUUGUUGGCUGUCGAUCUACGAGACCGUGAUUUGGUCCUUAAUAGGACCGGUGUGCGCGGCCGUGUUGAUAAACUUCUGCAUUCUCAUCAUGUGUAUUCGCGCAGCGUUUACUCUGAAGGAACACGUCAUGGGCUUCGGUAAUCUGCGAACGCUCCUGUGGCUAUCCGUAGCGUCGUUACCCUUAUUGGGCUCAACGUGGACCUUGGCGGUUCUCAACGCAUCCGAGAACUCAUCGACGCUAUCGUACUUGCUGAGCGUUGCCAUCGUGGUCCAUGCGGCGUUUAGCCUGAUCGGCUACUGCUUCAUCAACGGCAGAGUGAGAAGAAACCUCUAUCAGAGCCUGUUAAGGUGUAUGGGCAAAAAGACGCCUCUGCUGGAAGGAAGUAUGGGCAAUGGAAGUAGCAGUCAAAACGUAAAUGGCCACUCGCGUUCCGCUUUGGCUUAUUCGUCAACCUACAGCGGAGCUGAAUCCGUGUGCAGAAGAGUCCACGUCGGCGUCUCCACGAGUAGCACGACCUCGAGAAGUACAAAUAAAACGGGCUCGAGCCCGUACCGUAGUGAUACGCACUUAAGGCAUACAUCGACGUCCACUAGCAAUUACAAUAGCGAUCGAGAUCCAUAUCUGUCGUCGAGGAGUCAUAGAUCAGCGCUACAAUCUCGACAAGAAUCUACGGAGCCGAGAGGUCAGCGCCGAGAAUCGGAGUCAGACUCCGACGGUUCACAAGCCGAAGGAGGUGGCAGAAGCUUGGACCUUGCCAGCUCGCACAGCUCGGACGAGGACGAUGUGACGUCAAGGUCGCACAGGAACAUGGGCGUCUCUACUCAACAGCACGUCGCCCACAGCUACUUGCCCAACAUCCACACCAAUCCUGCCGAACACUUGAACAUCCUUUGCUCAAACACCGAGUUAUUCCCUAAUAUUAAGCCCAUUUACGCUCCUCGAUGGAGCUCCCAACUUCCGGAAGCGUACUUGUCGUCAAACGUGAUGGACGUGCGAGGCAGUCAAUGGUCCGGUGGCACCAUGUCGGACAACGAGAUGGCUUCGAACAAGACGUCCAGUCCGAAUCCACUGCCAUAUCCGGACAUGAGUUCGCCACAGAAGAGCCAGCCGGAUGAAAAUUACUCAGAGGGUGAAGAGAAAGUACACCACUUGGGAGAAAAGUACCUGUUUCCAUACACUGCCGAGGAGGACCACACAGUGUCACCCACCCCUUAUAUGUUGUCCAUGUCCUCACGUAUCCUGGCAUCAAGCAUGAGCCACCACUCACAAAACUCGAAUCACGAGAAUUUAAGCGGUUCCGAGCGCUAUGGCAGCUUGAAGAGAGGCCAAAGUUUACAUAGUUCUCAGCACGACAACCUCAGCGGAUCCGAGAGGUAUGGCAGUUUGAAACGUGGCGGCAAGAUAACGCCUACAGUGUUGGAGGACACGCCAGAGUACAUCCUGCCGAUGAGCGGCAGGAUACUGACUAGCUCGUUGACCCACGACUUGCAGCACAGCAACGAGUUAGCGGCGUUGAGGCAGCAACAGCAGCAGCAGCAGUAUGAGCAGACUAUCACCGAGACUGAGUGGUGUUGGAACAUUCUAACAUAACUGUAUCUUUUCUGUGAUCCGUGCUUGCACUGACGACUAAAACCAUCAGCGAGGAGGUAAGCAUGGUGACUCUGCGAAAAUCGCUCUUAAUCUAACUUAAAUCGCGACAACUGUCUCUAUUCGCCGAUUCUGUCUAUCUAUUAGCUUACAGAUCAGAUUUGAAUAAUCGUAAUCAUCACUGUUUCAGGAAGGAUACUAAUGCGGAAACGUCCGUCUGACGAGCUCCGUGCCACAAACGAGAACAACGUACAAAGUAAUUUAGCUUACACCUAGCUUAAGUGUCCACGCGCAAUAAAGACUCGAACGAUCAUCGAUAUAUAUAUAUAUAUAUAUAUAUAUAUAUAUAUAUAUAUAUAUAUAUAUAUAUAUAUAUAUA